UUCACAGAAAAAAAGAAGUGAUUUAUUGGACUUACGAGUUAUACAACAAUCUAUCCUUUCUCUAACUCGUCAAUGGAGACAAAACUUCUGUAGGUACGAGUACCGGACCUUUACACGGUACUUGGUCUUGGUGUCACUACUACUUGUUGUUGCCUGCAUCAGCAGAAAAGAGGAAAAGAAAAAAAAUGUCAGGAGCAAGAGCAAGCCAAUUCUUCCCCCUUCCACUUAACCAUCAUCACAUGUUCGUAUUACGAUUAUCUCUUCUCAUCAAGCCAUGGCCACUCUUUCUCUCGCAGUUUCCCCACCCUCACCAACCCCAUUCCCUUUCUCUGCUCCUCCUCCUCCUUCCAACCCCACAAUCCAAUGCUGCAGCAACAUCUCAAGCUACAAUUCCGCUCCUCACGAACAGCUUCACUUCCCCACAAACGGGAAGCCAAGCUUCCAGCAGUCCCCUUUCAACACCAACUCUCCCCUGCCGCCGCGGCCCCGCCGCAUAAUCCUCGUCCGACAUGGAGAGAGCGAGGGGAACGUGGACGAGAACGUCUACACCAGAGUCGGCGACCCCAAAAUCGGCCUGACCCAAAAAGGGAAAGCUCAAGCGGAGGAAUGUGGGGCCAGAAUCAGGGAGAUGGUCGAAGGAAAUGGAGCGGCAGAGGACUGGAAAUUGUACUUCUAUGUUUCCCCUUACAAAAGGACUCGGCAGACUCUGCAGCAUCUUGGGAAGUGUUUCGAGCGCCGGAGGAUAGCCGGAGUAAGAGAAGAGCCUCGGCUAAGGGAACAGGAUUUCGGGAAUUUUCAGGACAGAGAGAGGAUGCGGGUCGAGAAAGCUCUGCGAAUGUUGUACGGAAGGUUCUUCUUCAGGUUCCCUAAUGGAGAAUCCGCAGCCGAUGUCUAUGACAGGAUCACAGGAUUCAGGGAAACGUUGAAAUCGGACAUCGACGUGGGGAGGUUCCAGCCGCCGGGGCAGAGGAGCGAGGACAUAAACCUGGUGAUAGUGUCCCAUGGGGUGACGCUGCGGGUGUUCUUGAUGAGAUGGUACAAGUGGACGGUGGAGCAGUACGAGAGGCUGCAUAACUUGGGCAAUGCGGGCAUGGUGGUGAUGGAGAAAGGCCACGGUGGGAGGUACAGUUUGCUGAUGCAUCACAGUGAGGAAGAGAUGAGGGAGUUUGGGCUGACUGAAGAGAUGCUCAUUGAUCAGGAGUGGCAAAAACAUGCGAGACCAGGGGAGCUGAACUAUGAUUGUCCGACUAUCAAUUCAUUCUUCACUCAUCUCGGAGACGAUGGGUGCAGAACGUGAUGAGAAGAAAGGGACUGGAUAAGUGAGAAGCUAAGCUACCUGUGUUUUUCCAUGGAUGUAGCUAGUUUGCUUUUUUUCUGGGUUUAUUUUCUCGUCUAAAGCAGGGGAGUUCUUGUAUAUGUAUAUAUGGUAGAUAAGAAAUACUGCAGAUGUAGUAACUGUUUAGGGUGGCUCAAUGUUUUUGAGUCUGAUUCUAAUUUCAUAGUUGCAUCACUGCUUCUUUGGACUUUGGAAAAUAAGACGGG